AGUUCCUUCCGAAGCUGUCAGCGUGGGGCAGACUAAUGGGGAUUCGCGUUCAUAUUAAGGAAUGGCAGCUGAAUGAGGAAUAUCCCGACCACUCAGCGUGACAAUUAUAUCCAGGGCGCCUUUAGUAUGCACAUUAGACAAGGUUUCAGUGGUACUGAUGCAGGAUAAGAGAAUAUGACAUCAUAGUUUAACAGCAGCCGUCAUUUCUUUAUCACUUAAAGCAGUUAUUAAUUAGUCAUUUUAUAGCAUUGGAUUAGCGGCAGCGGAGAGUAAAUAUAACUGAGAGGCGUGUUUGAUGUAGUUAGCGGGGAGCACAUGUAGAAUUAUAAACGUGUUAGUUUAUAUCAAAUCUUUAUUUGUAAUAUUGAGAAUAUACAGUUCCGCUGCCAAGGAACAUAGUCUGUCCGCCACCCGCGUCCUGUAAAGAAUACCGCAGUGUAGUGAAGGCGUAGGGCUUGCUCACUGCUCGUAUUUGGGGAAGAUGUUGUACUUAAUAGGUUUAGGUCUCGGAGACGCAAAGGACGUGACGGUCAGAGGCUUGGAGGUUAUCAAGAGCUGCUCCCGCGUGUACCUGGAAGCGUACACCUCCAUACUGUCUGUGGGAAAGGAAGCCCUGGAAGAGUUUUAUGGCCGCGAGCUGAUCCUCGCUGAUCGUGAGACGGUCGAGCAAGAAGCAGAUGAGAUCCUCCAGGAUGCUAAAGUGAACGAUGUAGCGUUUCUGGUAGUUGGCGAUCCUUUUGGGGCGACUACACACAGUGACCUGGUACUAAGAGCCACCAAGGCAGGGAUACAGUACCGCGUUAUUCACAAUGCUUCCAUCCUAAGUGCGGUUGGGUGCUGUGGUUUGCAGCUGUAUAAUUUUGGCGAAACAGUCUCUAUUGUCUUCUGGACAGACACAUGGAAGCCAGAGAGUUUCUAUGACAAGAUCAAGAGGAAUAGACUGAGCGGAAUGCACACGCUGUGCUUACUAGAUAUAAAGGUGAAGGAGCAAUCCAUAGAGAACCUCAUGAAGGGUAGAAAGGUUUUUGAGCCUCCUCGGUAUAUGACUGUGAAUCAGGCAGCAGAACAGCUUUUAGAGAUUGUACAGAACAGGAGGAAUCUGGGAGAAGAACUUGCUAUUACCGAAAACACAAUCUGCGCAGGCCUGGCGCGAGUAGGGGCUUCCGAUCAGAAGAUCGUGUCCGGCACGCUGCAGCAGCUGCAGACGGCUGAUUUCGGGGGUCCGCUGCACUCCCUUGUAAUCAGUGGGUGCAUGCACCCUCUAGAAGUAGAAAUGCUUAGACUGUUUGCUGUGGACCCGUCCUGCUUCGAUCAGAUAAACAUAGAGGACAGCUCAACGUAUCUUUCACUCUAAAGCAACACUCUCUGCGUCAUUGUAUAACAGCAGCAUAUGCACUGUCUAUAGAACGGCAAACAGUGCUUAGUAAUUGUGCUAUUGUCUUAGUAUAUCUCUGUCCCCGAUGGACCAGAAAACUAAUUUUCACUGUUUGGCCAAGUGCCGCAUGAUCAGGAAACUUGAAUAGGGGGUGUUGCAUGAACUUGUUUCAAAUUCCAUGUUCCCGUCUCCACUGUGAGCUGCUGAUCCAUCCGCAUACGCACUAAAGUUGGACCUGUAAGAAAAUGUGUUUCCAUAUAGACGAGUCACAUUUGUUCCACUCACCGCUGCCCUCUCCUGUUACAUGUUUGGGAACCACCAGGGAAAUCUCGUUUUCAGUUUAAAAAAUAAACGUAAUAGUAGUA